AUGUUACAAGUAUUACCACCUGAGAUCAUUCAGUUGGUCUUCAACUACGUUCCCAACUAUCAUUUGUUGAAAUUGCGUGGUAUUGGUCCCAUUGAACUGUAUGUUGUACAACAGUUGUAUAGAAGAGUCAAAAUUGGUCCACUGGUUUUAGAUGACGGGACCAAACCAAUCACUUUAUUUGAUGAUGUUAUUGCACUUGAAUACAACGAUCCAGAUUUUACUCCCAACUUGCCUAAUAUAAAAGAGUUUGUCAAAGUUUGCAACUCAUACCCAUUGUAUAAGCCGUAUCAGAUUGAAUUGGAAAAUUGUAUGGAUUUAAUUGUAUUGAAUAGAAUGUUCCCGGAGAAGUUCAAAAAUGUGAGAUUUAUUGUUUCGUUUUCUAAGGUGGAUGAACUUGAUCUCGAAAUUCAGAGACAAUUGAUCAGCUUAGUAAAAAAGUAUAACAUUGUUGGAAGUAGCUUCAAACUUCAAGAUAAAUGCAUGGGCUCCCAUUUCAAAUGUUCGUCAUAUUUCCUGCAAAUUAUAAGAGAAAUGCAUCUAGUAAAUAUUACAGUAACAGAUAUGUGCUCAUUGGAUAGUCCUUGCGACUUUUGGAACUUACAUUCACUCACAAUCAUUUCCCCAGUGAAGACUAACGAUCUAACUAAUCUAUCAAAAAACUUACAAGAAUUAUCAUGUAAUAUAAAUUUGACAUGGGAUACCAAUGAAUUGGCUUUCCCACCAAGUUUAAAACUGUUGAAAGUAAAUAUUGUCACAAUUGAAGAUAUUAGAAGUGUUGUUAAUCUAUCCAAUCUAGGUCAACUCCAGAAACUAGAAGUUUUAGAUACCUCGAACUGUACAUGGACUUUUCCUUUAUCCUUGUUAGAAUUAAGAUACAACGGCCGACCCUUCGAGUCCUUGAACUUUAAUGUAUGCUGUCCAGAUUUACAGAAACUAGUUUACUACAAAUUUCCAUCACUGCAUGACUGCUCUGAUCCAAUCGUGUUUCCUCAAAAUUUGAUAGAGUUGGAGACUCUGGUGGUUGUGCUUGAUGCAAUGAUACCACAAGAUAAUUCAGAUUUUGUUCAAUUUCCAAAUUUGAAAUCAUUAACUAUAGUUGGGAACUUCAUGUCAACCACAACAGAUUUAGGUCAGUUCAAGUUACCAAAUUUAGUUUGUCUAGCUCUUUGCGGGGUGAAGCUAAAUGGGAAAUUGCCACUUACUGUUAAGAAGCUAUCACUUAUUGGUGUGCCUCUUAGUGAGAUGAUGGAUUUAUGUUAUUUGACAAACUUGGAGGUGAUCGAGGGUGUUAAUUUAGAGAAUAAUUCCGAUUUGGGCCGUGCCUACUACUUUCCUGCUAGUUUGCGAUACUUGGCUUUAAUAAAUCUGAACAUUGAAGAAAUUGAGAUCGUUUCAAAAAACCUUGUCUAUUUAUGUUUGAAGGGAAACAAAAUCAACAAGAUUGACAAUAGUCACCUCAUUAUUCCAAGUAGUGUUGUUGAGUUGAAUCUUUCGCAAAAUGAAAUAGAGGAUAUCGAUCCAGCAUUUAACUGGCCAGACAAUUUGCAGACGUUGACAUUGAGUCAAGAGUGCAAAACUGCAAUUCCUUUAUUACCAAAACACAUCUGUUUACAACGAAUCGUGUAG